AUGGAGCUGCUGACCGAUGCCCCAGCGCACCACGUCGUGCCGGACAAGUACGUCUUCCCGCCGGGGAAGCGCCUUGACCUGUUCCCCGAUGACGACAGCCCCAGUGUUGCCUUCCCCGUCAUCGACAUCCACCCCGACACCCUAUCUGAUGAACGCCGCCGCUGCUCGGUUGCGGCGGAGAUCAUCCAGGCCGGCAAGGAGUUCGGCUUCUUACAGGUGGUGAACCACGGCGUUGGGGAGGAUGUGGUGCAAGGGUUCCGUGCCGCGGCCGCGGGGCUCUUCGCGCUGCCGGCGGAGGAGAAGCUUCCCUACUGCUCCUACGACAUGAGCAAGCACUUCAGGCUUGCCACCAGCACGGCCUUCCACCGCAACCAGACCUGCUACUGGCGGGACUACUUCAGGAUCCGCUGCUACCCCGUCACUGACGAAGUCACACGCCACUGGCCGUCCAAGCCGCCGACGUUCGGGACCUCCCUCGCAGAGUACUCUACGGCGGUGCACGAGCUCUCCCAGACGCUGCUCCGACUCAUUGCACAGGGGCUUGGCCUCGACGAUGGCUUCUUUGCCGGCGACCUCAGCAGCGGAGUGACCCAGAUGAAUGUGAACUACUACCCUCCAUGCCCGGACCCCUCUGUCACGCUCGGGCUCUUCCCGCACUGUGACCGCCACCUCCUCACUGUGCUGUCCCAGGGCGACGUCGCUGGGCUCCAAGCGAGGCACCGCGAGAGGUGGCUCCUUGUGCCCGCGGUGCCCGGCGCACUCGUCAUCAACUUCGGCCACCAGAUGGAGAUCGUCACCAAUGGGCUGCUGGCCAGCGUCGAGCACCGUGUGGUCACCAAUGCCACGGCAGCGAGGCUGUCGGUGGCGACACUCGUCACGCCCAAGAUGGAGUGCCGCAUCGGUCCGGCGCCGGAGAUGGUGGACAAGAUGACAAAUCCAGCCAAGUACAGGGAGUUCAUGUUCAGCGAGUUCAUGGAGACAUAUGCUGCCGCUGACGCCAGCAGGGAGAGAGUCCUAGAGUCCUUCAAGAUCCACCACUAG